UGAAUUAAGAGAGUGGUAUAUCAAACAAAAAAGUCACAAACCAGAAUAAACCCUAAGAACACUGUCGGCGGCAAUGGCAACUUACGAUCUAACCCCGCGUAUCGGCCCGAACCUAGACAGGCACUUAGUGUUUCCAUUGCUGGAGUUCUUGCAAGAGCGACAACUAUACCCAGAUGAACAGAUCUUGAAAGCAAAGAUUGAGCUUUUGAACAAGACAAACAUGGUCGAUUACGCUAUGGAUAUCCAUAAGAGCCUUUACCGCACCGAUGAUGUUCCUCAGGACAUGGUCGAUAGGAGAGUCGAGGUUGUCGCUCGUCUCAAAGCUUUGGAAGAUGCCGCUGCUCCUCUCGUCACUUUCUUGCAAAACCCUAACGCUGUUCAGGAACUGCGUGCUGAUAAACAGUAUAAUCUCCAGAUGCUUAAUGACCGCUACCAGAUUGGUCCAGAUCAAAUAGAGGCAUUAUAUCAGUAUGCAAAAUUCCAAUUUGAGUGUGGCAACUACUCUGGUGCUGCUGACUAUCUGUAUCAGUAUCGGGCUUUAUGUACUAACAGCGAAAGGAGCUUGAGUGCAUUGUGGGGGAAGCUUGCUGCCGAGAUACUGAUGCAAAACUGGGAUAUUGCUCUUGAAGAACUUAAUCGUUUGAAAGAAAUAAUCGAUUCCAAGAGCUUCUCAUCACCUUUGAACCAAGUUCAGAGUAGAAUAUGGCUUAUGCAUUGGAGCCUCUUCAUCUUUUUCAACCAUGACAAUGGAAGAACACAGAUCAUCGACCUAUUUAAUCAAGACAAGUAUCUAAACGCCAUUCAAACCAGUGCUCCCCAUCUUCUAAGGUACUUAGCCACUGCUUUUAUUGUUAACAAAAGGAGAAGACCUCAAUUCAAAGAAUUUAUCAAGGUUAUCCAGCAAGAUCAAUGCUCUUACAAAGAUCCCAUCACGGAGUUUUUGGCAUGUGUUUAUGUCAACUAUGAAUUUGACGGAGCACAGAAGAAGAUGAAGGAGUGCGAAGAAGUGAUACUGAAUGAUCCCUUCCUUGGAAAAAGAGUUGAAGAGGGCAACUUUUCUACUGUCCCAUUAAAAGAUGAGUUUCUUGAGAAUGCUCGUUUAUUUAUCUUCGAGACAUACUGCAGAAUUCAUCAGCGCAUUGAUAUGGGGGUGCUUUUUGAGAAACUGAACUUAAAUUACGAGGAGGGUGAGAGGUGGAUUGUGAAUCUCAUUCGAAACUCGAAACUUGAUGCAAAGAUUGAUUCAGAGACUGGAACUGUUAUUAUGGAGCCUAAUCAACCUAAUGUUUACGAGCAGCUAAUCGACCACACUAAGGCCCUUCAAGGGCGGACCUACAAGCUAGUCGGCCAGCUUCUCGAACCCGCACAAGCGCAGCCUGCACGUUAAGUUGGACGAGGAAGCUCUUGAAUUUAUAUGCAAUUUUGAGCUAUUUGCUGAUUGUUUAUUUCUUUCAGACAAAUUUAACAGUGAUUUUAGUUUUUGAGUAGGAACAAGACUGAUAAAUCAUUAUCUAAAUCCAAAUUGUAUUCUGCUCUUUCAACUUAUGUCAAGAAAUUUUUUAAA